CUACAAUUUAUCUUCUUAAAUUUUGAUUUUAACCGUAACCUUAACCAUACUCACAUACUGCUAGCCUUAUGCCUAACGCAAACCUUGAAUUAAGACCAAAGAGCAAAUUUUUGUUUUUACGAUAGAGCCAACUUUGUGGCUGUGGUUACUAGUGAAAACCCUGCUCUCGAAAGGACAGCGUAUUUACGUAGGCCGCUCAACAAGUACGUUGAUUUGCGAGCGGGAGAUUUUUGUUCAAGGCAAGCAAGAUAAACUGGAGGUAAGUGGACGCUGUUAUUGUAACAUUGGACAAAUCCUAUUCAAUCACUUUAAAUUAACAUGAGUUAGCUACUAUUUUGAGCGAAACGUCGAUAACUCAGUUAGCGUUAGUGAAGUGCAAGUAAGCCAAGUCAAAUACAUGCCAGAUGAUUUAAUUGUCGGCUCAGCUGGACAAAUAGCGUAAACAACUACGUUUCAUAUAACACAAUAUCGGUCAUAUUCAAAGACUGUUCAAGUCCAGUAUUUUACGUUAGUCAAAAAAAAACACUACAACACCUAUCUAGCUAAGUCUUAUAUUUUCAAGUUAAUUGUUUGAUGACUAGCUAACGUUCGAUGUGAUAACAAGAUGCCUUAAAAUGAAAGUUGGAGUUGAAAGAUCAACAUCAACAACUUGACUAGUUAACAAGCCAGUUGCAAUUACCGGUUGUGUAACUUCUGUUGCUAGCUAGCUAACUAGAAUCAUUUUGGAUUCCAUUCCAACAAGAAAAUAACCCUGUCUUGAUCAAGUUUAAUAGCAUAUGGGUGUGUGUCUCUCAGGUGUUUCCUUUUGUGUUAGUUACUAUCUGCCUUUCAGUUUCAUCCUCUGUGAAAACAACUUAUUUUAUGAACUCUUAACAGACAUACCUUCGCCUGUCCAUAAAUAAAGAUGGCUAUGAGGAGCGAGGCCAGGGCAGAGGUAGAGGAGGAGGAGGAGAGUUUUGGACCACAGCCACUGAGCAGACUUGAGGUAGGUGUUGGAGCAUUUAUGCCCAUACUAAUUUAUCUGGGUACAGUAUUAGCUGUGUGUUUGGCUGAUAUUGACUGAGGAUAUUCCACGUACUAGGCCGAACUGAUCAAUAUUAAAAUGUUGCGUCUUCACAUCAAAUGCAUGAUGGUAGUGUAAUUUGCAAUGUCUCCACACAGCAAUGUGGCAUCAGUGCCAGUGACCUAAAGAAACUGGAGGAUGCAGGCUUCCACACCAUUGAGGCAGUGGCCUAUGCCCCCAAGAAGGAGCUGCUCAACAUCAAGGGGAUCAGUGAGGCCAAAGCAGACAAAGUCCUGGUUAGGUCACCUUCAUUUACCAAUCUCUUGAGUUUUUAUUUUCUGCUCAUUUUGGGUUGCCCACAGCUGAUGUUAGGCCUGAUAUUAUGACUGAAUGAUGUUCCCUACCUCUAUGGUAACUCCUUCAGGCUGAAGCUGCCAAACUAGUGCCCAUGGGCUUCACCACAGCAACAGAGUUCCACCAACGCCGAGCUGAAAUCAUCCAGAUCUCCACUGGGUCCAAAGAGCUGGACAAGCUGCUACAGGGUGAGGCUGUCGUCUCUUUACCAGUUUCCUAGAACCUUUGUCAUGACUCUGUUUUUCCACUUGCUCAUUUUAUUUGUCGCUAUCAUGUGUAUAAAAGGCUUUCUCACUCUCUCUCAGGUGGGAUAGAGACGGGCUCCAUCACAGAGAUGUUUGGAGAGUUCCGGACAGGAAAGACACAGCUGUGCCACACCCUUGCAGUCACCUGUCAGGUACUUGUCAUGAUGCCAUUCUUUUUCGCACUAAUAAAGGUAGACUUGGCUGUACACUCCUAUCUCAUCCCAAUCACAUCUGCUGACAUCGUAUGACAAUAGCACUCUCAGGACAUUGUUUGUGUAACGUUUUCCCCCAACUCAGUUGCCCAUUGAUCAGGGUGGUGGAGAGGGCAAAGCCAUGUACAUUGACACGGAGGGGACCUUCAGGCCAGAGAGGUUACUGGCUGUAGCAGAGAGGUGAGUUCUCUCAUGGACCAACACAAUAAUAGAGUAACUACUGGGUUAUAUGACACUGACAGAGAUUGAAAUUUGGAGCAACAUUAUUCCACUACAGGAAUAACACACAUACAUUUGUCUGUUCAGAGUUACCAUCAUACAUGCAGUACUCCUUCAAAAAACUGUAGAAUGUACUGUUGUCUUUUAUUAGGUAUGGACUUGUUGGGAGUGACGUUCUGGACAACGUAGCCUACGCUAGGGCAUUUAACACAGACCACCAGACCCAGCUGCUUUACCAAGCCUCAGCCAUGAUGGCAGAGUCCAGGUCAGACUCUAUCCCUCCCUCAACCCUAUUCCUGAGGUUUCUGAUCCUUCAGAUGUUUUUCCAUUUCUCACAUUCCUUGUUUUCCUUCCAUGUUGAUAGUAUUGUUUAUGACAUGAAUUGAAGUGAUCUGGAAUAAGGCCACUACCCUCUGGUCACCCAGUCUGCAACGCUAUUGGUCUCUAACCAUAUGGCCCCUUCUCUCUCAGGUAUGCCAUGCUGAUAGUGGACAGUGCCAUGGCCCUCUACAGGACAGACUACUCAGGGAGGGGAGAGCUCGCAGCACGGCAAGGCCACCUGGGACGCUUCCUGAGAAUGCUGCUGAGGCUAGCAGACGAGGUAAGGCCAGGGUUAGAAUUACAGGGGCUUUGUCUGUUUGCCGAAUUUCUUAUAUCUAUGACUCUGGUGUCGGUCAAAUACAAUGUUUCUGUCAGUAAUGUUCUGAAUACUACUUUGUGGGCCCAUUUAUGUGUGUGCACAACUCUUCACAGUAUGGUCAUAAUGCUAAAAACGUUGUCUCUCGCCUCGUCAGUUUGGCGUUGCCGUAGUGAUAACCAAUCAAGUGGUGGCCCAGGUAGACGGUGCUGCUAUGUUCUCGGCAGACCCUAAAAAACCCAUUGGGGGCAACAUCAUGGCACAUGCGUCCACUACACGGUGAGUAGCUCCAUUGACCCCAUUGGGCUUUGCAGAAUAAGGAAUGGGGUCAGUCUUUUACAUUCUGCUCCCAAUAUGUUAUGUUCUAAUGGUUUCAAACAUAGCAUACCACUUGUUAAGCUCCUGGUGUUCUAGAAGAAUUCAGCUAGCUAUCAAACUAAACCUCUCCUCUGUUUUAGACUGUACUUGAGGAAAGGCCGCGGGGAGACGAGGAUCUGCAAAAUCUAUGACUCGCCCUGCCUCCCUGAGUCUGAAGCCAUGUUUGCCAUUAACGCAGACGGGGUGGGUGACGCCAAGGACUGAGCUCAGCUGGAACCAUGCCAGAGGGUGAGAGCAUGGCUGUAUUUCAUGAGGCCAUGCCCCUCACCGGCCACCGUAGACUUGCACAAUGGCAGCU